CCUCUGACUAUAAACCCGAGCGGCAGAGUGAGGCAGCCUCAGUGUGAAGGAUGGGAGAUCAAACACUGCCGUCGUCCUCUGCUCUGAUGACAGAUGGAGCAUUGUUUGGUCUGAGAAGCAGCACCCAGCAGGAUGACUGGUCCUCUCACCUUCUGCUGUCUCCUUUUCUCUGCUCUCACUCUCAAUAUAACAGCUGAAAUAGAGGUCCCCCCCUCUUGGGCCGUGCAGGCUGAGGUUAUUUAACUGUUUCCAUUGAGCCUCUUCCACCUGUUGUCAUUGGAGACACAGUCACACUCAAGUGCAACUUCCAAACAGAUGGUAACCUCAGAGAGAUUGUGUGGUUUCGGGUGAGCACACAGGUGUUUGAAGGAGGCAGUGCCAAGCAGAAGAUUUUCACCUAUGAUGCCAUGUACAACACCAGCUACUCCCACAUGGAGGACCACCGCAAACGAGAGGAUCUGGUCUACCAGUCAACUGUCCGGCUUCCUGAAGUCCAGAUGGAGGAUGACGGCCUGUACGAGUGCCAUGUGGGGAUCUAUGACAGGAGCUCCAGAGACAAAGUGAUCCUUGCUUCUGGCAGCAUCAUCCUCACUAUAAUAGUACCUCCCAAGUCUAUCUCUGUGGUGGCAGCCAACAGCCCGGCUCCUUUCAGCCGCUACGAGGCCCAGAACUUCACUCUGGUUUGCAUUGUUACAGGAGCAAAGCCAGCUCCCAUGGUGUACUUCAAGCGAGAUGGUGAGCUUAUUGAUGUGGUCCCAACUGCCCAGUCUUCCUCCUCAGUUGGAGACCAAAGCAAGAGCACAAGUCAAGAAAAGAGCCGAGUUAGCCAGGCAGGGCUCUGGAGCUCCCAGGUUCUCACCAGUCGAGACCUUGAUGACACCAAACUCCAGAAGUCCCUGUCCCUGCUGGAACAAGAAGGGAAGCUGGCGCGGUUGGGCCAAGAUGGCCCCAAACAGGGCUGGGACCAAAGGACUGAGUUGGACCCUGAGCCAACCACCGAGCUGAUCCCAGAGACGGUGGUGAGCCGCGAGUUUCCCCGCUGGGUGCAGAGCAGUGAUCCGCUCUACUACUUCAAGCAACAGCAGCAGGCAUCAGGUGACGGUACCAUGGAAGUGAGAGCCAUGCUGACCUGGAGCCUCAACCCCCAACUUGACAAUGAGGCUCUGUUUAGCUGUGAGGUUAACCACCCAGCUCUGUCCAUGCCCAUGCAGGCCGAAGUCACGCUGGCUGCUCCCAGAGGACCUAAGCUGUCAAUGAACCCCAGUAAGGCCAAGGUGGGAGACACAGUGCGGAUCACUGUCCAGGGCUUCCAGCUGGGACCUUCUGCAAGCGAGGUCUUCCCGGAGCCCAUGUUUACCUGGACCAAGGUCGGUGGGCAUCUGCUGGAUGGCAGCGAGCAGCAUGAUGGGAGAGAACUCGUCCUGGAGAGAGUUCCCGCUGAACUCAAUGGCUCUAUGUUCCGCUGCACGGCCCAGAAUCCUUUGGGCUCAACAGACACCCACACCCGACUCAUUGUGUUUGACAACCCAAGACUAAAGAAAGGAAAAGAACAUUUUAUUGCCAUCGAUGCAGCAGUCAUUCAGGGCUCCCUCACAUUGACCUCAAUGUUGCUGCUGCUAAGCUUCACCUGCGAGAUGACGUGACGUGAUUCCACACACCACCACCUACAGGCACCUAAUCUCCAACGAUCCCCCAGCAAUAACUAAACCUCCACUCAGCUGUUAGCAGCAAUACUCGGUGUUGCUGGAAGGUACAGCAGGACUUCAACCAUGGGAGAAAGGACAGAUACUGAUACAGCACCAGAUGCUGUACAGCAUGCUAUCACACCACAAGCAACUUUGCUGAUUGGAUACCCUACUCUGACUGAUGAGUAUGUAAGAGGCUCUAACUACAUCAUACCGAGAGGAAUCUUGGAUGUAAAAUGUGUGAUCUCACGUAUAAAUGUGUGCAGGGUCCACACUAGAUCCCAGGGAAUAAUAGAGAAUUGCAGUCCUAAUAGGCUAUAGGCUGGCCAAUCAGCAUAGCCAACUCUCUGCUUACACCAGACCAGAUAAGACAGACAGAUUUUUAAUCACCAGUGUGCCCUUUAUUGGACAUUGUUACAUAAAAAAGACAUUCUCAACUUCACUCCAAUUGCACAAAAUGUAUAUUAUUAUGAAUCUCUGGAGGGUAGACAGAGCUGUGUAAAAGUGCCCGAAGGGCCAAUGACCCCCCUUAAUGGCUGCUCAGACCAGAAAUUGCAGACCCAUCAGGAAUUGAUUGGCUAGGGCAGUAAUUCUGUGGGAUCUGGUGAAGGAGUUUUAAGGUUGUUAAAGCUCUCAAAUUUAGACAAACUUUUUUAUUAUAAGAUUUUAUUUCACCUGUAGCUCCAGAGUGCCUGAGUUUGUUUGUUUGGGUCUCGUCUUCACUUCCGUCUUUGCUAGAGUCUCAGAAGACACCAUCAAAAACUAUUAUAAUUUAUUUUUAACUAUUAUAUUUUUUAUAUAUAUCUAUAUAUAUCUUUUUUUUUU